AUGGACCAGUGCUAGGCUUGAAACAUUAAUUUAAUGUGUGGGACGGGACCGAGGGUUUAUAUUUUAUGUAAAGUGAAAAGCAAAGGUAACCAAAUUCGGAAAGGGGCAUAUUAGCACACGAAACCAAGAUCCCCCCCCCUUGCCGUUUUUAGCAAGUUUAUACGAUAGCAUGUCUGGUGCUUAUCCUAAUCAACACGGAUAUGGUGUACACUUUCGAUGCGAAGUUGGUAAAUCAUCCUGAAUUUCAUGGCUGAAUAUUUAAUUCAGGCGACCGAUUUGUGUUCCAAAAACGGAAGCCGACACCACCACGACCGACGGAAAUCUCUAAUCUACGUGACCUGUCGACGCAAUGUGAAGGCAGAAGAAACCGGAAUCUCUCCAUUGUCUAUAUAUUGGUAAAUGCGACGUGGACAAAACACAGGAGAAAAGUCAAAAACGACACGACAAGAAGCCAACGAGCGGAGCACAGAUUCGCACGCAAAAAGUUCGACACGCAGAAGAGAUCGAAGAAGAAGAAGAAGAAGAAAGGAAGGGAGGAGAAGAGGCGGGCGCCGGAAAAUGGGGCACCCGCAGCAGCACGGCGCGCUGCUCCCGAAGCGCAUCAUCCUCCUCCGCCACGGCGAGUCGGAGGGGAACCUCUCGCCGUCGGCGUACGCCACCACCCCGGACCACAAGAUCCCCCUCACCCCGGUCGGGGCCGCGCAGGCCCGGGCCGCCGGAGACCGGCUCCGGGCCCUGGUCGCCGGCGGCGGGGGGGAGUGGCGGGUCUACUUCUACGCGUCGCCGUACGAGCGGACGCGGUCGACGCUGCGGGAGAUCGGGCGGUCGUUCGGGCGGGGGCGGGUGAUCGGGGCGCGGGAGGAGUGCCGGAUCAGGGAGCAGGACUUCGGGAACUUCCAGGUGGUGGAGAGGAUGAAGGUGGUGAAGGAGACCAGGGAGCGGUUCGGCCGGUUCUUCUACCGGUUCCCGGAAGGGGAAUCGGCGGCCGAUGUGUUCGAUCGCGUUUCCAGUUUUAUGGAAUCAUUAUGGAGAGACAUCGAUAUGAACAGGCUUCACACUAAUCCUUCUCAUGAUCUGAAUCUCAUCAUCGUAUCUCAUGGAUUGACAUCGCGUGUCUUCCUCAUGAAAUGGUUUAAGUGGACGGUCGAGCAAUUCGAGCAGCUCAACAAUCCAGGGAAUUGUGAGUUCCGCGUGAUGCAGUUGGGGGAAGGCGGAGAGUACAGCCUUGCAAUCCAUCACACCGAGGAAGAAUUACGCGAGUGGGGCCUUUCAUCGGAGAUGAUCGAAGAUCAGAAAUGGCGAGCUCAUGCAAGGAAGAGCGAAUGGAAUGAACGUUGCCCAUGGUACCUCGAUGCUUUUUUCGAUGGAUUCGCUGACUCGGAUGAUAAUGCAGGAGAAGAGGAUGAUUGCUGCUAACAAUUGGAUUAUAUCCAAUUUGAUCUGGCCGAUUGUAAUCCGAUUUAAUAAAUUUUUUAUUAUGAAAAAUUCAAUAUUUGUUAGCAUAAAAGCCAUGUGUGACCUCUCUCCUUUGUAUUUUCGGGUUUGUGAUCAUGGUAAAUAUGAUAAAAGAGGGAGAUUAACGCGAUGCAUUCAUUUAA